UGAUAUUAUAAUAUUUUAUUACUGUUCAUCGUAGAGGCUGCUAUAUAGAUAAUAUACACAUAAUAGUAGUAUUGACUAUAGUUCUACCGGAGUAUCAACUAGUAGUGCAGUGAAAGUACUAGCAGAUGAUCUUAAUAAUUAUAGUAGUUUUACUUUAAAAUACUUAUGCAACUUGUUUUAAAUAUAAAGUAAAAGACAUUUUUAAUUAUUUUAGGAAGCACGAGAUAGUUUGUAGGUACCAUUGCGAUGGAAAAUCGUUGUUCUGUUCUAGGAUGUUUGAAGACUUCUGACGAUGGAGUUAAAUUACAUGAAUUCCCGUUUGAUGAUAAUGAAAAACUGCAACUUUGGGUAAUGGCGACAAAUCGUUCAAAUUGGUUACCAAUUGACAAAAGUAGGAUAUGUGAAAAGCACUUUUGUGCUGGUGAUUAUGAAAUUGUAGAUAAGGAAUAUAAGCUUAAACCAUGUGCUCUGCCCAUACUCUAUUUGUCAGAUGAGAAUAAUAGUGCACAUGAGAAGACAUUGACAGAUUCUGAAGACAGUGAAUGUUGGUCUUCAAGCGAUAUUAAUUCUGACGAUUUACUUGAUACACCAAAUACUAGUGAUAUGAAAUCAAGUGAUUAUGAUUCAACAAAUACAUCAUCUUUUAGUGAUUAUAGUAAUUCGAAUGAAGCUACUGCAUUUGAUGAUGAUUAUCUAUCAUCACUUUCAGACACUGAAUUUGAACUUGAAAAUGUAGGGAUUGAAGAAUCAAUGCUAGAAUUAGAUUCUGUGUCAUUGUCUUCAUCUGUAACAAGUUCUGUAAAUACAAACCAGCUUAUAAAUCAAGUAUGUGCGGUUGUAUUAUGUAAUCAAAAUGCAAGAAACCAGUUUGAUACAUUAUUUUUCAUCAACUUUCCUAAGGAUAAUAAAUCACUUUGUGAAACCUGGUGGAAAAUGUGUGGGCGCAAAGACAAAUUUGAUCCUUUAUUAAAAAUAUGCUCAAUUCAUUUUAAUCCUGAUGAUUUUACAUCUAUUACUAUACGACGAGGAGGUCAACUUUUUAGACAAACUAUUUUGAAAAAUAAUAAUAUUGUACCAACUCUUUAUCUACAGCCGCAUGAAUUUACACAGUUUGCAAGAAAACGAAAAAGAAGUGUGAAUGAUAGUUAUAGUAAUCAAAACAAUUCAACAGAAAUUGAAUUCUGUAUUAUUCAAGGCUGUGACAAGACAUUUUUGAAAGAUGGAAAAACGACAUUGUUUUUUAAGUUUCCAUUGGAAAACAAAACUAUGCUCAAAAAAUGGGUAGAUAGUAUUGGCUUGCCCAAUUGGCAGCCAUCAGUUUCAGAUCGAAUUUGCUCUGAUCAUUUUGAAAGUGAUGAUGUUUUAAUGACUAAUGAUAUUUAUGGUCUAAAUAAUGAUGCUAUCCCAUCAGUUAAGCCACAAAAUUCAUUUGUUAUAAGCUCUGAACACAAUCAUGAUAAAAAACAUGCAUCUGCAGUUAACAACAGAAAUAUUGAUAUUAUUUUUAAUAAUUUAGAAUUUAAUCAUUUAGAAGAAGACACUUUGAUAGUAAAGGAUAGAACAAAAGAAAAAAAGAAUGACAGUUUGGUGUUAAAUUCAUUGGAAAAUAAUUUAGAUGACCAAAAACCAGAAAAUUACCAACAAAUCUUUAAUACAUCAUCUUUCCAAUCUAGUUCAGCAAAAAUGAAUGGCAAUAAAGAUGAAAAUAAUUGGAAAAAUAUGCAUAUUGAUGAUUCAACUAUCACUACUAUAUCAAAAACUAAAUGUACUUCAAAAGUAGUUAAGAAAUCACAUAGAGAAUCAAUUGAAAAAAAUAUUUUUGAAGAAAAAAAUAUGAUUCCAAAAUCAAGAAAUAAUGGAAAUGACUGUGAUUAUAUAUACUUAGACACGUUGGAUGGUGACGAUGCUAAAAAUUUACUGUCAUUUGAAAAAAAAAGUAUUUUGAAAAAUUCAAAAACAAAAAUUCUGGAACUACUAGAAAAAAAUCAUAUGGAUGGAAUUCCAGAAUCUAUAAUCUAUAAUCAAGACUUAACAGAAUGUUAUGGUGAAAUGCUUCCACCUUAUUGUGACCAGGACUGUAAAUUACUAUGUUUUUAUUCUAUGUCUGCUUCCAUACGAAGACAAAUUUAUAAAGAAUUUCAGAUGUUGAAUGCAACUGAACAGAACUGUAAAAUAGCUCAAUUAGUACAAUUGCGUAUGUCUAAAAAAAAAGAUAACACGUUUGAAAGCUGUCCGACAUACCGUUUUAUUUGGAAUAAGGUACCUACAAAAGUCUGCCGAACUUUUUUCAGGAAUACAUUAGGUAUUUCUGAACACCGUCUCGAAGCCAUUCUAAACCCUAUCAAUUAUAGUUGGUAUUCUGAUAGAGAUAUUGCAUUGAAAGCCAAUCAACCACAACAAAUAAAUGUAAUAAGUGAGCCUGUUGUCAUGACAGAUUUUAUGAAAGAAUCUUUAAUACCUUUAGACAAAGACUACAAUUUAUUUGAGCCUGAAAGUGAUCCAGAUGUUAGUUUAGAAAAUGUACCUUUUAAAGAAUAUGAACAAGUAUUACUAUACAUGAAAGGUAUUCCUAGGGUUUUGAGUUCGUAUAAAAUACCUGGAACGUUAAAAAAACAUUACUUUGAAACCAGUGUUUGUUCGGAAUAUAUGUACAAAACAUAUUCUGAAAAUUUUAUUAAGAACAAGACUCCCCCACCAUAUACAAAACGUCAGUUUAAAAAAAUUUACAAUGAGUACAUGAAGACGUUUUUGGAAAUGGUUUAAAUCCAUGUCAUAUUUUAUUGCUUGCUAUAGACUUAACUUUAGAAUUUUGUUGAUACUUUCAGAUAGUAUCCAUGGAAUCCCAUUUUUGAAUAACAAU